AUGGAUCCCAACAACCCGCGCGAAGCCUGGUCCCGCAUCCAGAGUGCCAUCUCGAGAGCGCAGCAGGGCGGUGGCAGAGGCGCGCCGAAGGGUGUUCUUGGUGGGGGCGCUGCACUAGCGCUGCUCGCAGGGGCGUUUAUCACUUUUAAUAGUGCAAUCUUCAACGUGGACGGUGGACAUCGUGCAAUCAAGUAUACCCGUCUCGGAGGUGUCAAGAAGGAGAUCUACAAUGAAGGAACCCACUUCAUGAUCCCAUGGCUCGAGACACCCAUCACCUACGACGUCCGCGCAAAGCCGCGCAACGUCGCCUCCCUCACCGGCACCAAGGACCUGCAGAUGGUCAACAUCACCUGCCGUGUGCUGUCCCGCCCGCGCGUCGACGCCCUCCCGUCCAUCUACCGCACGCUCGGCACCGACUACGACGAGCGCGUGCUCCCCUCCAUCGUCAACGAGGUCCUCAAAUCCGUCGUCGCCCAGUUCAACGCCUCGCAGCUCAUCACCCAGCGUGAGUCCGUCUCCCGCCUCGUGCGCGACAACCUCGUCAAGCGUGCUGCCCGCUUCAACAUCCUCCUGGACGACGUCUCUCUGACCCACCUCGCCUUCUCCCCCGAGUUCACGGCCGCCGUCGAGUCCAAGCAGGUUGCGCAGCAGGAGGCGCAGCGAGCGGCCUUCGUCGUCGACAAGGCCCGCCAGGAGAAGCAGGCCAUGAUUGUGCGCGCGCAGGGUGAGGCGCGCUCCGCAGAGCUCAUUGGCGACGCAAUCAAAAAGUCAAAGUCGUACGUGGAGCUCAAGAAGAUUGAGACUGCGCGCAGCAUAGCGACAAUCUUGCAGGAGAAUGGCGGCCGCAAUAAGCUCUUCCUCGACACGGAUGGGCUGGGGCUGAAUGUCAUGGAGCACCGCAAGUAG